UGUCAGCUGUCAAAUCGAGCACAUGGUUUGUUGUCGGCUGGAAACAAACGGUGCCGACGGGGUGUUUCUGAUUUUCCCGGCUUAAAAGUGAAAACGCGUGUUAAAGUGUGGAAAUUGCAGUUGCACCAGCUUUACAUCCUUUUCAUAGUCACAACAGUACCGUGCAUAAGCAGCCUCAAUCAUGGGAAAGAAGGCAAAAGUAGGAAAGGAUCGGCGGGAUAAGUUCUACAAACUAGCCAAGGAAUCGGGCUACAGGUCGCGUGCCGCCUUCAAGUUAAUCCAGCUGAACCGAAGGUUCGGAUUUUUGCAGCAGUCGCAAGUAUGCAUCGACUUGUGUGCCGCCCCCGGCGGUUGGAUGCAGGUGGCCAAGCAGAACAUGCCCGUUUCCAGCAUUGUGAUCGGUGUGGAUCUGUACCCGAUCAAGAGCGUACCUGGGUGCAUCAGCCUUAUCGGCGAUAUUACCAGCGACAAAACGAAGUCGGAUUUGGCCAAAGAGCUGAAGACGUGGAAAGCGGACGUGAUCCUUAACGAUGGUGCUCCGAACGUUGGUAAAAACUGGCUGCACGAUGCGUACCAGCAGGUGUGUCUGACGCUUAGCGCUGUAAAGCUGGCCACACAGUUUUUGCGUCCGGGCGGUUGGUUCAUCACGAAGGUGUUCCGCUCGAAGGACUACAAUGCGCUGAUCUGGGUGCUGAAACAACUGUUCCGCAAGGUGCACGCGACAAAGCCGUCCGCGUCGCGUAAGGAGUCGGCCGAAAUUUUCGUCGUAUGCCAGUACUACAAGGCGCCGGAUAAGAUCGAUCCUCGCUUUUUGGAUUCGAAGUACGUGUUCGAGGAGCUGGACAUGCAGGCGAGUGACAUUUCGUCCAGCAACAUUCUAAAAGAUUUGGAGCGCAAAACGCCCAAGAAAGCGAAGGUGGAAGGAUACGAUAGCACGGAUGUAAGAAAGAUCGUAACUGCGCUGGAGUUCAUGCAGAACGAUAAACCUCUGGCGCUGCUGAGUCGGAUAACGGAAAUUACGUUCACAGCUGGAGAUGAGGCCAUUGCAAAACACCCCCGCACGACCACAGAGCUGAAGGAAUGCUGUAAAGACAUCAAGAUCUUGGGCCGAAAGGAUAUUAAGGAACUGUUACGAUGGCACAAGCUGCUGAGUCCGGAGUUUGCAAAGCCUAGCGAGGAAACAUCGGACGAUGCGCAGAAGAAGGGUGGAGCGAAGGAUGAAGAUGAGACGGAUGUGGACGAGGACAUUGUGGAGUUGAAACAGAUUGAGAAGGAAAUAGCUGCCCUGCGGGAGGAGGACGAGCGUAGCUCGAAGCGAAAGCGCAAGAAGACCAACAAGGAACGUGCGAAGCUGAACGAGAAGCUCAGUCUGAAGAUGGUGAUUAAAGGCGACGAAGGACCGACCGAGCAGGGUGAGGAUGCAAUAUUCUCGUUGAAGGACAUCGGUAACAAGCGGCAGCUGGAAAGCAUGCUCGAUCAAGCUCCGGAUAUUGUGGUGGAGGAAGAAGAAAAGCCGGCAGAUGAUGAAGGGAUAGUUAAGGGUCGGUACGUACGGUACGAUCGUGAAACGAAGGGGGAUCUGUUCGAGGACGAUAAAUUGCUUGCCGCCGGGAGUGAUAGCGAGCCGGAAACAGAUUCGGACUUCGAUGAGAAAGGGCUGGCGAUCGAAUCGGACGAGGAGGAGCUGAGCUUCGAAGAGGACGAAGACAAUGUGGAUCCUUCGGACGAUGAGGACCAGAACCCGUUGAUUAGCGAUCUGGACUAUCGCAGCAAAACCGACAAACGGUUGCAGCGCGCCCAGCUCUGGUACGAACAGGAAGCGUUCAAAAAGCACAACCUCGAAACGAACGACGAAGAGGUGGAUUACGACCUGGACAAGUUGAUCGAGUCAUACAAAAAGGCUGGAGUGAAGGUCCUGGGUGCGGAAAAGGACGCAAAGAAUAAGGAACCGCUGGGCAAGAAGGCACGUCGCCGAGCACGUCACGAUACGGACAAGAAGGACGACGAUUCGGCAGAAAACGAUACGAGCAGCAGCGAUUCGGAUUCGGACGGGGAGGAGGAACCGUUGGAAAAAAAGAUCGGCACGAUGGUACACAAAACGGUGGAAACGGUCGGUGGCAAGGAUGGCAGCGGGUUUGAGAUCGUUUCCUCGGAGAAGGUGCGCAAGGCGAAAAAAAUCAAACUAAACGAGGAAGAACUGGCGCUCGGGCAGAUGUUGAUUACGGGGAAAAAGAUGCGCCGUGAUAUCAUCGAUUCGGCCUUCAACCGGUACAUGUUUAACGACGUCAAUCUGCCCGAUUGGUUCGUGGCCGAUGAGCUAAACACCAUGAAACGGAAGCUGCCCGUACCGGAGGAUGUGGUGGACAGUUACCGCAAAUCGAAGGACGAAUUUAAUGUGCGUACGAUCAAGAAGGUGAUGGAGGCGAAGGCACGCAAGAAGCGCCAUGCGACUAAACGGUUGGAGAAGAUCAAGAAGAAGGCCGAAACGAUCAUGGAUAACGCGGACAACACAAACCAGGAGAAGAUUCGUCUGUUGAAGAAACUCUACAAAAAGGCGGACGCUAAGAAGAAGGAGGUAACGUACGUGGUGGCGAAGAAGACGGGCAUCAGUGGCAAGAAGGUGCGCCGCCCGAAGGGUGUGGAGGGCCGGUUUAAGGUGGUCGAUCCGCGCAUGAAGAAGGAUCGGCGCGCCGAUGUGGCGAAGGAAAAACGUGCCAAGAAGUUUGGCAAGGGCAAGAAUAGAGUUAAUGCGAAGGCAAAAGCUGGCAGUAAAGGCCGCAAGAAGAAGGGUCUGUAGGUUGGGUAAAUCGGCACAGCUCUGAAGCGGUUGCUUCAGAAAGAAACACAAUUAUAAAUAUUAAUAAAUCUACAUUUAAAACGACA